AUGGCGCAACCUCCUUUCCAACAGCAGCCAUAUUAUGGCGGACAGCCUGUAUAUCAAGAUCAGGGAAAUCCUAUGAUGCAUCCCACGGAUCCAAACGAUCUCGGCAUGGAAAAUCUACAGAUAUCGAAUCAACAACCAGCUCCAAGGAAAAAGAAGAAGGAUAGGCACGCAUAUCAUGUUGUAGAAGCUCAAGGUUCUUCACAAGCAUUUAAUGGAAUACCGCAGGGCGGCGUUCCUCCUUCAGCUUUUCUCAAUGCCGAUCCUUCUUUAAUACCAUCUCCAGGUGGUCAGUUCCUAAAUUCGCCAAUAACACCUCAAAUGUCACAGUUUCCUGCCCCUGUGAAUGCGCCAUUUAACCCCACGAACCCCGCCACACCUGCUGAGUUCGCUGCGAGAACUGGACCUGGGGAUGCCUUUUCUGCUAAUGUGCAGACUUCAGCGCAAGGCCGAGUAGACCCAGAUCAAAUUCCCAGUGUACCUCGAUCAAGAGAUGCGAUAGCGCAAUAUUACCUCAAGAACGUUUACCCAACCUUUGAGCACCACCUUCCACCUCCAGCUACAGUGCCAUUCGUUGCAUACGAUCAAGGAAAUGCUUCACCAAAGUUUGCACGUUUAACGAUGAACAAUAUCCCAUCCACCGCUGAUGCAUUACAUUCGACUGGGUUGCCCCUCGGUCUUCUCUUGCAACCAUUAGCCCCGUUGCAGCCGGGUGAACUCGAAAUACCAGUUUUGGACUUUGGAGAAACAGGACCUCCUAGAUGUCAUAGAUGCCGUGCCUACAUAAACCCUUUUAUGGUAUUCAGGUCCGGAGGUAACAAGUUUGUAUGCAAUAUGUGCAACUAUGCGAACGAUGUUCCUGCUGAAUACUUUUGCGCGACUACACCACAGGGGGCUAGAGUUGAUAGGGAGCAAAGGCCUGAAUUGAUGCGAGGUACGGUCGAAUUUCUGGUUCCGAAAGAAUACUGGUCGCAAGAGCCUGUAGGUUUGAGAUGGAUAUUCUUGAUUGAUGUUGGUCAAGAAGCGCUAAACAAAGGGUUCUUGGAAGCGUUUUGUGAAGGUAUUCUAGCAGCUUUGUACGGCGGCGAUGAUUCAACCGAAGAGGAUGGAUCUUCGAAACGCAAAAUUCCUGAAGGAUCUAAAGUCGGAUUCGUGACUUUUGACAAAGACAUUCACUUUUAUAACAUGAAUCCUGCACUGGAACAAGCUCAAAUGUUAAUUAUGCCGGAUAUUGAAGAUCCAUUUGUCCCCCUCAGCGAUGGUCUUUUCGUGGAUCCUUAUGAAGCAAAGUCCAACAUUACUUCUUUGUUAAGUCAACUACCACAAUUAUUUUCUCAGAUAAAAAAUCCUGAGCCAGCAUUACUUCCUACUAUCAAUGCAGCUAUGGCAGCUCUUGAAAAGACUGGAGGAAAAAUUGUGUGCUCUUUGUCAGCUCUUCCAACCUGGGGCCCUGGCAGAUUAUUUCUCCGUGAUGAUGGAAAACAGCAUGGCGGAGAGCAGGACAAAAAGCUAUUCACUACCGAGCAUCCAGGUUGGAGGAAGGCAGCAGAUAAAAUGGUUGCGACUGGAGUUGGUAUUGACUUGUUCCUUGCUGCUCCCGGCGGCGGAUAUCUCGACAUUGCAACAAUAGGUCAUGUCGCUGCUGCUACUGGCGGAGAAACAUUUUACUAUCCUAACUUUGUCUCUCCACGAGAUAACGAGAAAUUAUCACAUGAAAUUGUGCGCUCUGUUACACGAGAGACUGGAUAUCAAGCGCUGAUGAAGGUCCGAUGUUCAAAUGGAUUGCAAAUAUCUUCAUACCAUGGCAAUUUCAUACAACAUACUUUUGGAGCUGAUAUUGAAUUCGGUGUCAUCGAUUCGGACAAGGCCAUGGGGGUCUUAUUCAGCUAUGACGGAAAACUAGAUUCCAAGUUGGAUGCUCACUUCCAAAGUGCCUUACUUUACACUACGGCUAGUGGUGAGCGAAGGGUCAGAUGUUCGAACGUUAUUGCCAGCGUAAGCGAUCAACCUAAGGAAUGCAUGAACUUUGUGGAUCAAGAUGCCAUUUACUCGUUGAUUGCAAAAGAGGCUGCAUCAAAAAUGCUAGCACAUUCAUUGAAAGAGAUUCGAGGCGCCUUGUCAGAAAAGAACGUCGACAUAUUGGCCGGAUAUCGUAAGAAUUUCUCGGGAUCUCAUCCUCCAGGUCAAUUAGUUCUACCAGAGCACCUCAAAGAAUUCAGUAUGUAUAUUCUUGGUCUCAUCAAAUCUCGGGCUUUCAAAGGAGGACAAGAACCUUCCGAUCGCCGAGUUCAUGACGCGCGUAUGAUCAAAAGCAUGGGCGCUCUAGAGCUUUCUCUGUACCUCUAUCCUCGCAUGAUUCCAAUUCAUAACCUUGCCCCUGAAGACGGCUUUGCAAAUGAAGAUGGCCAUCUGAGGAUGCCACCCUCUGUACGAGCUUCUUUUGCAAGAGUUGAAGAGGGUGGGGUAUACCUUGUGGACAAUGGACAGAACUGUUACCUCUGGAUGCAUGGUCAAACUUCACCUAACCUCAUCGUUGAUCUAUUCGGCGAAGACAAAGAUAAUCUCAAGGCACUGGAUCCAUAUCUUUCAUCUUUACCUGUGCUUCAAACUCAUCUCAGCGCUCAAGUACGAAACAUACUAGAAUAUUUGAAGACGAUGCGUGGAGCCAAAGCUUUGACGAUUCAGCUUGCGAGACAAGGUCUCGAUGGUGCAGAAUACGAAUUUGCCAGACUAUUGGUGGAAGAUAGAAAUAAUGAGGCCCAGAGCUAUGUAGAUUGGUUGGUUCACCUGCACCGUCAUGUGCAGCUAGAAUUAACAGGGCAAAGAAAAAAGGAUGAUAGCGGGGAUAACUCCUCAAUAACAUCGAAUUUCGCAGGGUUGAGACCUCCCUACUGGUAA